CCUCCGUCGACAUCGUACGAUCGACGACCUUGAAUACCUCCCUCUGAUCAAUCUCCCCUCCCCAACUACCGUACGGGUAUACCAACCUCUUCCAACAUGUAUCGUCUCGGCCUUCGUACCGCCCAGCAGACCCGUGCGGCUCCUGUCCGCCGUCUCGUGCAGCGUCGCUUCAAUAGCACUGAGAACAAGCCGUCUUGGAUCGUCGACAACGCGUUCAACCGGGAGCGUGAGAAUGUCAAGCACCACGCCGCUGCUACCAGCACCCUCUGGCGCAGACUUUCCAUCUACGCUGUUAUUCCUUGCUUGAUUUUGGGAGGCGUCAAUGCUUACAACCUGUGGAAUGAGCAUUGGGAGCACUGGAGCCACCUACCCCCUCUCGAGGAGCGCACUGAGUACCCUUACCAGAACAUCCGUUCCAAAAACUUCCAAUGGGGAGAUGGUGACAAGACCUUGUUCUGGAACUCCGAGGUCAACUAUCACAACCCUGACAAGACCAAAUAAACAAGUCUGCACCGAGUCGAGCUUGAGUUAAGUGUGAACAUGCACUACGAUAAUUAUCUCAGGUGUUGUAUAAUUGGUCUGCCGACGGACCGAGUACGAAAAUUCAAGAAUUAUUUGAUAUUCCGAACCUGACACUAGAAGCUCAGGCCACAAAUUUUGUGUGGAUUAUUGUGCCUGGCUGAUACUACCCAUUUGUUUCCUUUGUGAUGUAACCUAGAUCAAAUGCAAUGGUUUUCAAAUCUUUA